AUGCUGUCAGGUCGGCUGGUGACAACUGUCGCGUUUUUGGUGCUUGCGGCGCUUGUCCACAACUCUUCCGGUGCGUACCAAAUCCGCAACUUGCACUUCCUAUCUCCGACGCAGAACACUGCAGUAUCUUGCACAUCAUCAUCCACUCAGCUUGACAGUGUUGAUGCGAUUACUCAUCCCACCCCGCACCCAAACCCACCGCACCCAACCUCAUUCCACUCGACUCCAACCAUCCCGAUCACCACCAUCCCGACCACCUUCACUUCCACAACCAUCUUUAUCACUGUCAUCACUGCCGUCCCUGACGCGAUCUAUUGCGACUGUCCUGUGAAUCGUUUCACGAUCAAGACAACACUCGACAAAGCGACCACUCCGGAACGCCCAGCACCAGUGCAAUCAGAUACCAAGACGAGCCUGUUGGAGCUUUGA